UAAUUGCACACGGUUUCAUAAACGUACAAGGAAAUUGCCUUGUUCUCUCUUUCUCGCCUCUUUGGCAUUCUUGCUGUCUAACUAUAGAUUCACAAUCCUUCAAGAUCCAGAACAGCAAGAAAACCCCAAAUUUCUGAUCAUCUGAUUUUCCUUUUAAAGGUUUGAAUUUAUCAUCCAUAAAUCGUAAAAUAUUCAGCGUGAAAGCUUCAGAUUGAUAAAUGGCUUUGGCACUAACUCAUCUGUCAUGGUGGCGGUGGAGUGGGAAGGAAAAGGAACCUGAAAUCUCUGAUGGGUCCUCAUUGAAUUCCUCGCAUGAAUCGGAUUUGUGGGAAAUGGACACAUUGAAGUUCCCGUUAUUUCAUGGAAAAGCUAUAGGUUCCACAUCUGGACGGGUUAAGAAAAAAUGGCACAGUCGAGAGGAGCGAAGAAUUGACAGGGAAUAUGAUGUUGUUCUUGUGCCAUCAGAUGGUGGAUGUCUUUCGGGAUCUGAUUCUGAUGGUUCAGAUUGGUCAGUUGGAUGGUUGGAGCCCCAUGGCCCUGGCUUUCAAAGUGAUGAUAAUUUUGAUGAUUGUUUUGCUGUGUUGGUUCCUUGUUAUGGUCAUGGUCGAAAGGAUCUGGUAGAUAACUCCAAGGAAGUGUUUAAUGGCACAAUUGGGAACAUCUUGGAUAUACAUGCUGCCGAGAACAAGAAGUACAUGGAGCAGUGGGUCUCUACUCUUCAGAACAACUGACAUUUGAAAACACCCUUGUAUGGGCUUUGAUCUUCUGAUCCUGCUACGUUCUAAUUCGGAUUCAUCGUGUUUAUAGUUAUCCGUAUCUCUUAAACUUGAAAAAAGAAAAAAAAAUUAAAAAUUAAAAGAAAAGAAAAUAAGCAAAAUAUUAAAAAGAUCAACUUAUGAGUAGCAAUAUUAUGAUAUCGUAUAAUGUGGCCACGAGAAAGGAAUGGCUAGUCAGGGUAUUUGCUAAUUUGAUCUCAGUUUUCGGAAUGAUAGGAGCUAUGUGUUUUAUAUUGCUGGAAAAGCAGAAGAAAUUUGAAAAUGCCAAAAAAAUAAAAAAUAAAAAAUAAAAAAAAUUGAUGACUGUUAAAGUCACGGUGUACUCCUAUCAGUCAUAGUGUAAAAAUGUCUGUACAUAUGCAAAAUGUGCUUCUUGUCUUUGUAAAUACAUUAUUUCACAGGGAAAAAAAUAUUGUCAUUGUAAGGAAUUGGAUGCUAUGUACUUGGAAUUUGUGUUCUGUAUAUAAUAUUUUGUU